UUCCAAAACCACGGGAGGAAAGGGGGAGGGGUUUUUUAUCAAGAGGAAGAGAGGAGCGGCUACAACUGAGAAUAGGAUCUUCUUCCCUGCCUGAUGCCGGCAGCGGACUGACUGAUGGGCCUGUAGUGGUUAAAGAAGAAAAUUAAAUAAAAUCAAAAAUUAAAUAGAAGAAAAGAAAAUAGAAAGCCAAGUUGACCGAGCAGGGGCUGGGAGGCUUCCGGAUGCCGGGAAGGUUGUCCCCGUCUCCGUUUCCACGGGCGUGAAGAUUUAGAGGUGCCGCCGGUGCGAGGGCUUUUAAACCGCCAUCACCCCCUGAUCCCCUUGGAAGGAAAAGCCGGUGCAGAGCUGAGGCAGAGAGGUGUCGAGGAAAAGCCUGGACUUGUGUGCAACGCGUACUUGGCUUCGGAUUUUAAGCACAUGAACGAGAACAGCGUCUCAAGGGAAUCUGUUGGAGAUGGUUUCAAGAUGUAGAAGUCUCAUAUGUGAAGUAUCCCAAAUGAAGUUGGAAAAUCCAUGCUGAAAUCGUUUCACGUUCUGAAAUUGAAGAGUACCACAGGAAAGCUGUGUCGCUGUAUCAUGUGCUGUUUGUGCUUCUGAAGUGUCCGGCAGAUUUAUAAUCAUAUGAGCCUCAAAACGGAGUCAUGUAAAGAGGCUCAGAGACGAACACAAAAAGUGGCCACCAUCAGCAUGAGGAGCCCAGCAAGUCAGCCUGGUGAGAUGAGAAAAACAAAAUGCAGCUUUCAAGGUUCACUUCAAGCAGUUGGCGUGUGGGACUCUGAGCGAUGCUGCCCGUGACAUGAUGGGAUUACCAUGAUCAACGACCCAGUUUGGAUUUCACCCAGUGGCCAGGAGCUUUGCAUGGUGGACAGCAAGGGUUGGAUUUUUAAAAAGAGUAAACCAGGCCCGUGACCAAGGUAUAGACUAAGAGGUGGAGUCAUGCUUCACACGGCCAUAUCAUGUUGGCAGCCAUUCCUGGGUCUGGCUGUGGUGUUACUCUUCAUGGGAUCCACCAUUGGCUGCCCUGCUCGCUGUGAGUGCUCUGCCCAGAACAAAUCCGUAAGCUGCCACAGAAGGCGGCUGAUCGCCAUCCCCGAGGGCAUUCCCAUUGAGACCAAAAUCUUGGACCUCAGCAAGAACAGGCUGAAGAGUGUCAACCCUGAAGAGUUCAUAUCCUAUCCUCUGCUGGAGGAGAUAGAUUUGAGUGACAACAUCAUCGCCAAUGUGGAGCCCGGCGCUUUUAACAAUCUCUUUAACCUUCGUUCCCUCCGCCUCAAAGGCAACCGCCUGAAACUGGUCCCUUUAGGGGUCUUCACGGGGCUAUCCAACCUCACCAAGCUGGACAUUAGUGAGAAUAAGAUUGUCAUUUUACUGGACUACAUGUUCCAGGACCUGCACAACCUGAAGUCUCUAGAGGUGGGGGACAACGAUUUGGUUUAUAUAUCACACAGGGCUUUCAGCGGACUGCUUAGCUUGGAGCAGCUCACCCUGGAGAAAUGCAACCUCACGGCAGUACCCACAGAAGCCCUUUCCCACCUCCGCAGCCUCAUUAGCCUGCAUCUGAAGCAUCUCAACAUCAACACUAUGCCCGUGUAUGCCUUUAAACGACUGUUCCACCUGAAACAUCUAGAGAUCGACUAUUGGCCAUUACUGGAUAUGAUGCCUGCCAAUAGCCUCUACGGUCUCAACCUCACGUCCCUCUCCAUCACCAACACCAACCUGUCCACAGUCCCCUUCCUCGCCUUUAAACACCUGGUGUAUCUGACCCACCUCAACCUCUCCUACAAUCCCAUCAGCGCCAUCGAAGCCGGCAUGUUCUCGGACCUGAUCCGCCUUCAGGAGCUUCACAUAGUGGGCGCGCAGCUCCGCACCAUUGAGCCUCACUCCUUCCAAGGGCUCCGCUUCCUCCGUGUGCUCAAUGUGUCUCAGAAUCUACUGGAGACUUUGGAAGAGAACGUCUUCUCCUCCCCUAGGGCUUUGGAGGUCCUGAGCAUCAACAACAACCCCCUGGCCUGCGACUGCCGUCUCCUGUGGAUCCUGCAGCGGCACCCCACGCUGCAGUUCGGGGGCCAGCAGCCCAUGUGCGCCGGCCCCGACACCAUCCGCGAGAGGUCGUUCAAGGAUUUCCACAGCACUGCCCUUUCUUUUUACUUUACCUGCAAAAAACCCAAAAUCCGUGAAAAGAAGCUGCAGCAUCUGCUCGUGGACGAAGGGCAGACGGUCCAGCUCGAAUGCAGCGCAGACGGAGACCCUCAGCCUGUCAUUUCCUGGGUGACGCCGCGGAGGCGUUUUAUCACUGCCAAGUCCAACGGAAGAGCCACCGUGCUGGGCGACGGCACCUUGGAAAUCCGCUUUGCCCAGGAUCAAGACAGCGGGAUGUACGUUUGCAUCGCCAGCAACGCGGCGGGGAAUGACACCUACACGGCCUCUUUAACGGUGAAAGGCUUCACCUCAGACCGCUUCCUUUAUGCCAACAGGACCCCUAUGUACAUGACAGACUCCAACGACACCAUGUCCAACGGCACCAAUGCCAACACUUUCUCCCUGGACCUCAAAACAAUACUGGUGUCUACGGCCAUGGGCUGUUUCACAUUCCUGGGAGUGGUUUUAUUUUGUUUUCUCCUCCUUUUUGUGUGGAGCCGAGGGAAAGGCAAGCAUAAAAACAGCAUUGACCUCGAGUACGUGCCCCGAAAAAACAAUGGUGCUGUUGUGGAAGGGGAGGUGGCUGGACCCAGAAGGUUCAACAUGAAAAUGAUCUGAGGGUCUAGCACUCACGCUGUUGUUUCUGGGCCGGUGUUGGUCACCAGUGAGACAGCUGGCACAAUCAAUGACUAGGUUAGAAGGUGGCCUCCUGCAGCUGCCCUGUGUCAAAGCAGGGUCCAUGGGAGCAGGAGGACUUCUCAUGGAGACUCUCCACCUAGAGGGAGGCAGGCAGACACGUGUCGGAGCCCUUCACAGUGGGAUACUAAUUGUUUGCAUUGCAAAUAUCGGCAUUCUGGGGAUCUCAGUAAUGAACCUGAACCUUUGGCUCAUGCUCACGGACAGUUACUCAACAUUUUCUACCACGGCAAAAACAAAAGAAAAAAACAAGGAACAACCUACAAUGUAGGAUUUACACAUUAAAAAGACACAUUUGUCAAAAACAUACUCUACGGAAAAAUUUGUAUCUACGAUUCUCAUUUGUUAAAGCCUUGCAUCAUACCAUAUUGUUGGUUCAGCACCACAAUGAAAUCAAUAUAUUCUUUACUCUUUUUUUUUUGAAACAUAUGCUGUAUAUGUUUUAAAGCAAUAUGAAUGAGAGGUUGUGCUUUUAGUUACUCACCACUAUAGAUCCAAGUGUGAUUUCACCUUCCUUUCCAUGGAGAUGACCCCGAGACUAGAUCCCUGGAGUUAUGGGUGGAGAGAUGUGGGACCAUGCGUUUGUCUGAUAUAGGAUGCCAAGAAAUAGGGCCCAAGGCAAAACUGCUCAACUCUGUUAACUUCUGUUACUAUAAAUAAAGGCAUGUGCCUAGUUUUGAUACAGAAUGGAAUAUUUUUUAUACUUGUGAUAUCACCCUGGACCAGUUUAC